AUGCCCGGCACGUACGAACUUGCCACUAGCGAAACUGUUCGGUCGGAAUUACAAUGUGAACGGUAAAUGGAAGAAGAGGGUUUAAAGAAUAGAGGUGGACAAGAGUGAUGUACACCUUGGGAAUCCAUUUUGUUGCACGGCGAAUGCUCGGACGCGCGAUACACGGGAAACCACCGAGCGAAAUGUAUUAAAGUUUCCUUUGGAUGCGCGCGCGCGGAUGUCGCGGAGUUCGAAACGCGACUUUUCAACACUUUGUCAGAUUAUUUGGAAAAUUUUGCUGUUUAGUCAUCGGUUGUAUGGUUACGCUUUGAGUUGCUACUUAUAAUC